AUGACUACCCUUGGCUGGAAUCUUAUCAAGGAGAUCUUGCUUCUGAAGGAGAGGAAUCUGAUGGCGUACGACUUCACCAGAGACUUCAUGAAGUGCUGCCUUAGUCCUUUGAAACUGAGGAUUACCGGGGCUUGGCUUUUCCCAGUCGGAUUGGAUCCAGCCCAAAAUGGUGAGGAAGUGUACUCAUUGGACAUCGUCGAUAAAAAGGUUAAGGUGCCUUUUGAAGCCAUCCCUUCUUCCAGCCGCAAGGACGUCUUGGCUCCCAUCAUAGAUAUGGGCCCCAUAGCUCAGGAAGUAUCAAGCAUGAGGCUGCCUCUGCACAAAAUGUUCUCACCACAAGAUGCUGCACAGGCACUUAACAGCGCUGUUAAUCUUUUCUUGGAAAUCGGCAGAUUGAACAUGGCUGCAAGAUACAGCAAGGACAUCGGUGAAAUCUGUCAACAAGAAAAAGAUUUAGAGAAUGCUGCAGUUCACCUGAAUCAGGCUGCCGAUCUUUUUGACAGUGAGGGACAGUCAUCUCAGGCAAACAGCAUGACACAGAAAAUUUCAGAAAUUUACGCUCAGCUGAAAAAGUACCACAAAGCAACCGGGCUGUUUGAAGAAAUUGCUCGUAAAUCAAUCAGCAAUAACCUUAUCAAGUACAGUGUUAGAGGCAUCCUACUUAAUGCAGGCAUUUGCCAACUAUGUAGAGGUGAUCCUGUUGCUAUAAAUAAUUCAAUGGAGCACUAUCAGGACAUUGACCCAACAUUCUCAGGGACACGCGAAUGCAAGCUUUUGAAGGAUCUUGCAGCUUCUAUGGAUGAAGGAGAUGUUGCCAUGUCUACCGAUGCCAUCAAAGAGUUUGACAGCAUGACACGCUUGGAUCCUUGGAAAACGACUCUCCUACUCAAGGCAAAGAAUGAGUUAAAGAAAAAGGAGGAGAAGGAGGAUGAUCUAACCUAA